UUCCGUGGCCCCCGCCCCCACCCGCCUCGCCGUCUCUCCUGCUUUGUUCCCCCGCACGCCCUCUGGUCGCUUCCAUCCCCCACACACCCCCGCACCCCGCUGUUCCUGGCGUACCCUCCUGGCAGGCACCCCGAUAGCCGAUGCAGGCCUGCUGCCCCCCACCUUGGGAGCGGGGGACAGUCGGGCCUGCUUUUGGACAAGGGUCAGGGCUCUCGCUGCUCACAGAUGGCCCGGGGAUUUCCUGGGAUAGAAAUAGCCGCCAGCUCUGGCCCCUUAAAGCUGCUUAAGGGGAGGGUGGCGAAGGGGAGGGUCUGGGCACACCCCCACACCUCCCUGACCGCGCCCCCAGCCCCGACCCGGCUGAGCUCUGACCCGGGAGACGCCAGCAUCCGUCAUAAACGUUCUCCAGUUGCUCCUAAGAAACAACCGAAACCGAAAAUCCUGAAGCUGACGAAGUCAUCGUCUUGCCUGUCCCCUCCUCCACUUUUGGGGUCGUCUUAGAACGGCCCUUCCGAAGCCCCACGCCUAGCUAACGGGUCCCCACUGGCGCUCCUGGUCCUUCUGCUUGAGGGUUGCCAAUGGCCCUGGGGGCAAAAGUCGCGAAUGCCCCCCUUUGUGUCCUGGUUCCCUGCAGCAGGUGGGGCGGGGCCGCGGUGGCUGGUUCCGGGGACUUGUCACUGAAGGGCUGACUUCUCUUUCUCUCCUCUAGGGGGAGACCACAGAAUUUGAGGCCAUGCCCCAUGAAAAGAGUUUCUUGGUGUCUGGGGACAGCUAUCCUCCCCCCAACCCUGGAUAUCCUGGGGGACCCCAGCCCUCCAUGCCUCCCUACCCUGGGGCCCCUUACCCACAAGCCCCGUUCCAGCCUUCUCCAUAUGGCCAGCCAGGGUACCCCCAGGGCCCCAGCUCCUACCCCCAAGGGGGCUACCCUCAGGGCCCCUACCCCCAAGGAGGCUACCCUCAGGGGCCCUACCCUCAAGGGGGCUACCCUCAGGGGCCAUAUCCGCAGAGCCCCUUUCCCCCCAACCCCUAUGGACAACCACAGGCCUUCCCCGCACAGGACCCAGGCUCACCUCAGCAUGGAAACUACCACGAAGAGGGUCCCCCGUCCUACUACGACAACCAGGACUUCCCUGCCACCAACUGGGAUGACAAGAGCAUCCGCCAGGCCUUCAUCCGGAAGGUGUUCCUGGUGCUGACCGUGCAGCUGUCUGUGACGCUGUCCACUGUGGCCGUGUUCACCUUCGUUGGGAAGGUGAAGGGCUUCGUCCGGGAGAACGUGUGGACGUACUAUGUGUCCUACGCGGUCUUCUUCAUCUCCCUCAUUGUCCUCAGCUGCUGUGGAGACUUCCGCCGAAAGCAUCCCUGGAACCUCGUUGCCCUGUCGAUCCUGACCGUCAGCCUGUCCUACAUGGUGGGAAUGAUCGCCAGCUUCUACGACACUGAGGCGGUCAUCAUGGCCGUUGGCAUCACGACGACCGUGUGCUUCACCGUGGUCAUCUUCUCCAUGCAGACCCGGUACGACUUCACCUCGUGCAUGGGCGUGCUGCUGGUGAGCCUGGUGGUGCUGGUCGUCUUCGCCAUCCUCUGCAUCUUCAUCCGGAACCGCAUCCUGGAGAUCGUGUACGCCUCGCUGGGCGCCUUGCUUUUCACCUGUUUCCUGGCGGUGGACACCCAGCUGCUGCUGGGGAACAAGCAGCUGUCCCUGAGCCCGGAGGAGUACGUGUUUGCCGCACUAAACCUGUACACGGACAUCAUCAACAUCUUCCUGUACAUCCUCACCAUCAUCGGCCGCGCCAAGGAGUAGCUCGUGCUCAGCCCGCUCGGGCGGCGUGGCCGGCCCGGGCCCUACGCCUGCUGUGGCAGUGCCGUCACACCUCCCCUUGCGCCCCCCUGGGCGCGGCCCGGGACCGAGGGGCCCCUCUCUGACCCUGCUGUGUGCACACCGCAGAUACUUCUGUUUGGACCCGCUGCGGCCGGCGUGGCCCCUUCUCGCCCUCCGGCCCCGCCAAAGGGCAGUGGGGUCCGGUUUCCAGGCACCCUCCUGCCCACUCACUGUUGCAUGAGCCCUGUCUGCCAGCCCACCCCAGGGUCUGGGGGCAACACCAGGUCCCAGGGGAGAGGGGUCGAGCCAAGAGGUGAGGGUGCACGUCUCCCCGCCUGUUCCAGCCCCCACCCCCAGCCUGGCAUAGAGUUCCCCCUCCCCCCUCCCCCACCCCGGAGCGCUGCCCUCUGGGGGCCUGAGGGGUGAGGGCCUUGUCCCUGUGCUGAGCCCUGAGGGCACAGAGGAUGAGACAAUUUCAGGGGGGAGAGGAGGCUUUCCUCUCUUCUUGCUGUCUUUAAAAUUCCAAUAAAUGGGACCUUGUGCUCUCUGCGUUGUGA